CCAAGUGGGCAUGGGGCGUGACUGCAGCGUCUAGUAGUAAACUCAAGAAAGCUGUCAGCCUGCCUGGGAAGGGCUGUGUAUCUUGGACUAAUGCAUGUGCUGCUCUGAACAUGUGUGAGAGCUUCAGAAAAGAGCAUGCAAGGCAGGGAGGGUUGCAGCUCCUGCACUGUGAUCUGCAGCCUGAACCACAGUGCAAAGGGCUGUUGAUCCUGCAACUGCGUUUUACUCUUCUCUUACUGACUUUGAAGGGGCCCAAAUAAUGGGGAGGAUGUCGCAGUGCUGUGUCUGAGGAGCAGACCCGAAUGCAGAGUUUGCAGCCAGAUCCCAAAGCCCAGUACAAGAGCGUGUAUCAGGCCCUGAAGAAGAUUAUUCACACUGAAGGCUUCUGGAGGCCUUUACGAGGAAUUAACGUCACCAUGGUGGGGGCUGGCCCUGCCCAUGCAAUGUAUUUUGCCUGCUAUGAAAAAAUGAAAAGGACUUUAAGUGACAUUAUUCACCAUGGAGGAAAUAGCCACCUGGCCAAUGGGAUAGCCGGGAGCAUGGCCACAUUGCUCCAUGAUGCAGUAAUGAAUCCGGCUGAAGUGGUGAAGCAGCGGAUGCAGAUGUACAACUCCCCCUACAAAACAGUCUUGGAGUGCAUACGAACAGUGCAUAGGACUGAAGGACUGGGUGCCUUCUACCGGAGUUAUACCACGCAACUCACCAUGAACGUCCCCUUCCAAGCCAUUCACUUCAUCACAUACGAGUUCAUGCAGGAGCAAAUCAACCCACGCCGGGAAUACAACCCCCGCUCGCACAUCCUCUCUGGUGCCAUCGCGGGAGCCGUGGCUGCCGCUGCCACCACACCCCUUGACGUCUGCAAGACGUUGCUCAAUACUCAGGAAAACGUGGCCUUGAGUUCGGUGAACAUCAGUGGGCACCUCUCAGGAAUGGCCAAUGCUUUCAGGACAGUUUAUCAGCUGGGCGGUAUCCCCGGGUAUUUCCGAGGGGUGCAGGCUCGUGUCAUUUACCAGAUGCCUUCAACUGCCAUCGCGUGGUCAGUGUAUGAAUUCUUUAAGUACUUCCUCACGAAGCACAAGCUGGAAAAAAGAGCUCCUUAUUGAAAGACUUGACUAGAGCGAGCCUAAGGUUCAGAUGACAUUUGUAUAAACUCUGAGGGAUUCGCUCGUGUUGUGAAACAUGCAAGAUUUCUUGUGGAUUCACAAUUGAAUUUCACUUUUCUGUCGUUGGGGGCGAGGGGAAUUAAGUGGUCAUUGGAGAAAUUUGGCACUCUCUUUGCUAGAAUCUGAAGACUUUUUUUUAAUAAUAUAUUUAUAGCUUUGGAGAAGUGAAAUUACUAACUGAUAUUUUUUUCCCCUCUGGAUAAGCUCUAAGAUGUAGUGUUACCACUUCUCCAGAAAACUUAGACUGCACCGGGGGGGGGGGAAUGGUAUUGAGAUAUUCUACAGCAAAGAAAUUUAAAUAUCCUGUCACUGAACAAACUUUUAUAUAUGACAUAAUAUAAAAUAGAUGGAUAAUGUUUAUCCUUUAUUUUUCUAUGUAGGAAUUUUGUUUUAAUACUAUUACAGCUGGAAGUUGAGCUGUUUUUAAAAAAAAAAAAAAAAAUUGAAUUCUUCCAUCCUGACAUGUAAGAACCAAAGCAUUUUUUUUUUUUUAAAUAGCCAGAAUGGCUUUAAUCUUAGCAUUUAACCCAAAACAGUGGCCAGGAUUUUCAUUUGUACGUAGGUAAGCUGCCUCCAGUUUUAUGGCGUCCACUUGACACCUUAAAGGGGCCCGACUUUUAGAAAGUGCUGAGCAUAUUCUCUCUGAAAAUGGUCUGUUUAAGGGGUCUCAAGUUGGGCAGUGAAAAUCACUGGUUGCUCUUGAAAAACCUUAGUUUAAUUGUUACUCCCAUAGCUGACUUAUGAUUGUACUUGAAAGAUGAGCAUUUUUGGCAAACUUAUUUUAAAGGUACAUUUUGUGGCGUUUUAAUAGAGAAUAGGUUUCAUUCCUCUUAUUUAUUCAUAAUCUUAUUUUCCACCAACGCCUCGCUCCUGCUGACACAUGAGUAACUGUGCAGGACUCGUGCUCGCUUACAUGCAGCACGUUACUCUUGUGCAUAAAAGUGUGCAGGAGCAGAGUAUCAGUUUACAGUUCUGUAAGACAACUCCUCUUGAAUUGUAAGAGUUGCAUACUGACCACAAGGAAACUGUCAAUCACCGUGCAAAAUAAGCCCUUGGAAAGUGAAACCUUAAACAGGAGAACAGCAGAAUCAAAACCUUUUUGUAAAGCAAAGCCAACAAACAGCAGCUGUUUGUUGUCCGAUUGGUAUGUAUAAAUGAAGUGUCCUAAAACCUAAAGUUGAGUGGAUUUUAGUCCUUUGGGGACUUUGUUUGCUGCUAUGAAAUCCUAUGCUUUAUUUCGUGCUUCUGUAGAAAAGAACUCCGUGCAUUAAAAAAAGCACAUCUGACCUUCAGUUCUUUUUUUUUUUUUUUUUUUUUUUUUUUUUUUUUUUGCAAGCUAGGUUUGUAGAUGGCUCCGCUUAGCCUCUAUACCUCAUCGUCUUACAAUGUGAUGUUGAAUCCAAUGUUUACCAAGUAUAGAUCCUGCGCUUGAGGCUAGGAAAACCAUUGACUGCUCUCCCCAAAUUAAACCGACCACUGUUGCAAAUAUAGGGUCUGAAUUUUAAAUGUCUAAUAUUUGGUCCGAGUUAUCUAAUUUAGGUGCAGUAAUAUUGUAGAAGAUGAACAGUUUUUGCUGGUCUAAAGAGCAAAAGCUGAACUUGUUGCUGAACUAUAGAUGCAGAAUUUAUUAACUAAUAGCCAGUUGGCUACCUAGUUGGGACUAGGUGGCUAACAUUACAAUCAACGAAAAACCUAGCAGGAUUUUUCUGGUUUUAGAAAUGUAACUGAAUAGUAACCCCCUCCCCCCCCCCCCUUGAAGGGACAUCAGUGUGAAAAGGUUGAUUGUACCUGUAAACUGACCACCUACUAGUGAAACAACAAACAUUUAAACAUUCCUAAAACUGAUACUGCAGCAGACAGUAUUUCUGUAUUUGCUUCUUUUUUCCAUUUGACAACUUUGUACAAGAUUGUUUUUGCUGUUUCUCCUGUAUUUUGUUUGUAUGGGUUUUUCACAUAGCAAUGUAGAAGAACCCUUUUUAAAGGAAAAUUAUGAUCCAAAAGCUGGCUGAGGGCCUGGGAGAACAUAUAGGACCUGAAGCUACUUUUUCAAGUUGACUAGAUUUGAAGUUGGCAUUCCUCUAACCCCAAAUUAAGCCUUGAUUGUGCACCUUGUACCAAUGACUUACAUUUUUCUGCUCACCUGAAUGAGGUGAAAAAGCUUUACCAUGUCUAACAUUUGCAUUUAAUUUUUUAACAUGGAGUUUUUCAUUUAAAGUACAGCUUAGUCUGUAUCUAUCUAAUAAUGAAAAAUCACCAUCAAAUUGGGGGAUUUCACUAAGGCCUGAGUGAGACCAACUGGCAGUCAGGUCCUUCUCUGUAUGGUGGCUUUCAUGUGAUCUUACUCUGGCAUUACACUAAGUUUGGCUAAUUACUUUGGUUGACCAAUAUUUAUUUGGGGAAGGUAAAUCACUACAGGAAAUACUUCUCUAGUGAAUGUACAUGCAACCUGUGUAAAUUUUUCUUUACAAAUGAUAAGGAAUUGUGAAACAUUAUUUUCAUGUCUCUUGCUAUCCCUUACAUUCAAUUAACUUUUCCUUUUUUUUUUUUUUUUUUUUAACAAGCUUAGUUUUUAUUUAGCUUUUCAAAGUGCAGAUUUGUAACCUCAGCCUAUUGUAAGCAUGGUAUUGACACUAGAAAGCAUUCAUGCUCAUCUUUGUACCAUGAGCUUGGUGUGAAAGCAGAUGCAAGCUUGGCAGGGUUUUUAGCCUGAGGUUUUCAAAGGAUUUGGAAGCCUGUUUAGAUGACUUUGAAAAAAUCUCAUCCCUAACUUUUAAUGAAAAAUGAAUGGAGCUGGGGACAUGCUCAGUGUAUGGAAGAAUCUUGUUAAGAAUAUGCUGAAUACAAAUCAAGUAUGGGUUGGACACAAAUCAGCCAAAAUACAGGUGAGGUAAACUUUCUGAAAGGUAGGCCUCAGUCUUCCGUGAAGGCUUUCAAGCUUGGUUAGAUCAGACUUCAAUGAGAAGACUUUUUGUCUGCUUUAAUUUUUGAUAGGUGACCGUUUAAUGGGCAAGCAACAUUCAAGAAGUAUUCCUCAGUUCUUAGCACUUGAAAGUAAUUGGUGAAUGUGUUUGGUAUUUAGAAACUAAUAAACAUUUAGAUUGCAGUAUUUCAAUGAUGGUUUAAUAAGUAAACUUUAUAGUCCAAGGACCUUCCUCUCCAUAUCAUCCAGCUGCAAAAAAAAUAAUCCCUGUAGUGAGGUGAAUGUUGAUGGUGCUUGGGUGUCCAGAUUCAAAUGAAGGUGGAUAGUUCACUUGUUUAGGCCCCUUUAAAAACUCCAAGUAUCACCACCUUGUUCAACAGAAUAAGGGUAGAUUUGCACUUAUUCAGUCAUUUGGUAAAACUUUCACUACUGUUACUGCAGAGAGAGGAUACAGUGAUGUGAGAGUGAGCUGGGAUUUGCUCCUGGCUCAUGUAUCGCAACCUUUUGUGCUGAUGAAGCAAGCCAGAGCCCAGCUUCACAUUCACAUUCACAGUCCUGGGGGAGGUUGUAGAGCUGGUAGCUAGAAAGAAAACCCUCUAAUAUUGCAGUGCAAAAUUCCUCUGGAAAAUCAUGUAGAGCUCCCGCUGUCUCAAAUGCCUUGUUUAGACCCUUCUUGGAGCAUGACUUUUUUUAUAAUUCAUUGUGACUCGGGUUUGAUGCUAAUUGAACGAAGUUUCUUGCCUUAGAAUAAGACCAGCUAGAACAGCCUGUUUCCAGCAUGAACUUUCUUUAGCGUGUAGAAGUCAACCUCUUAACCUCUGUAGCAACCUGCAUGAAUUCUUGCAAACGUUUCCUUUUUAUUGACUUCUCAGCUUUACCGCUUUUGAUAACUUCACCCUGGCCAACCUGCAGAUAGAGCCUGAUUCUAUGUCCUUGGAGGCCACUGGAAAGCUUUUAUUGUCCUCAGGGGUGCAAGAUCAGAUACGAAGGGCCAGAUUUGCAAAGGGCUCAGUGCCUAAAGUUGGUCCCAACUCUUUCAGAAGAGUUGAGUUUCUGUUUUGGUACCAAUAGAAGAAGCAAGGUUUUCUGUUUUUCUUUUCUUUUUCUUUUCUUCUCUUCUAGCUUGCACAGCAAGUGCUGAUCUCUGCUGAAAAUCAAACUGUUCUAGUGGGAUCUCCCAUUUGCUGAGUGCUUACAAGAAUCUGGCCACUUACUUAGAAACUUACAUAGGACUUAAGUUAUUUGGAAAAUGUGGGUGGUGAGCAUUUGAAAACCUAGCCCCUUAACCCUGGGCAAUAUUCUGCAUUAUGUAAUCAAACUUGGACCAAUAACUUUAACUUGGAAUGGAGACCUCUUGGAACCUUGUCCAGUUUCUCUUCUUGCAGGACUUCAUUAAAAUUUAACUCUUGUUUAUCAACUCCAAUAUUUACCUGCUGAAUCUCCAAUUUAAAGGAUCCCCACCAAAGCCAUGUUAGGCUGCAUCUCAUGUAGGUUGCAAUAAACGCACAUUCAAUAUUUUCUAUUCUGCCAAUAACAUUCUGUUGACAUUUUAAAACACACUUUGUAUGUGAAACAGAUGUACUGCUUUGUGGCUGCAACAAACGCACAUGUUUUUUAAGGGAGAGGAUGAGUGUUAAGAUUUUUUUUUUAAGUUGAUGUUUUAAAAUUGCAGUUCUUGCUUUUUUAAAUUUGACAUUGUACAUUUUUUGAAGAGAACACAUACAUAUUUAAUGCAGAAAGUUUGGCUUCUGAAAUGCUGCUACAUUUAUAACACUGGAGCUCGAGGAAAUAAAAAGUGUUUGAUCUUUGUCCUUCA